AGAGAUACACUUUGACGAUGACUUUUUGAAUGAACCGCCAUCAUGUCGCUGCGACUGCUAACUGCUAGCUAAAUAUCUAUUACAGCAUAAGUAAAGUAAGCCAGUAAAUAAAAUACAAAUACUAGUUAAAAGAAGACGGUUGGUCAUUGUUUUGGACACUAAACUGUUAGCCAUGGGCGAAGCGCCCCCUGGUGGUGGCUAAUGCCGUGGUUAACGACUGGCCACGAAUUUAGCUCGGCGCUGUUGGAUUAUCUUGAGUGGAACAUAAUCUACAGUCGUUGGAACAACUCGUAAACUAACGCUUCUGUUUUUAAUGUUGACAUGGAUGCAAGCGAGGACCAAAACACAGGCGCCACUACAAACACAAACAACAAUGGAAAUCCUCCACCAAACAGCAGGAACUCCCGACCACCUCAGAUAGCCCACAUGUCUCUAUAUGAGCGACAAGCUGUACAGGCUCUCCAAGCCUUGCAGAGACAACCGAAUGCAGCGCAGUACUUCCAGCAACUCAUGCUGCAGCAGCAGAUCAACAGCGCUCAGCUCCAUAACCUGGCUGCCGUGCAACAAGCAACCCUUGCUGCUAGUCGACAGUCUAACACUCCAAGUAGCAGCAUUUCACAGGCUUCCACUACUGUCAAUCUAAGCACAACGUCAGCAGGGGGAACAGCGGCAACCCCUCGUCCUCACGGGCCGGCCACCUCCGCGGCAACAACAGCCCUAAACCAGUCAGUGUUGUUGGGAGGGAACUCACCCGGACAAGGACAGAUGUAUCUUAGGGUCAACCGCUCUCUUAGGGCUCCACUGGCCUCUCAGCUCAUCUUCAUGCCGGGCGGUACAGCAACAGCUACUGUAGCAACGGUUGCCCAGACCCAGCAGCAGCAACAGCAGGCUGACGCAGCUCCUACCUCAACUAGUGCCCAGUCCGAUAAUGAUCAGGUGCAGAAUCUGGCUUUGCACUGCGCAUCCACUCCCAGAGCAGUCGCCAUCAAGUCGGAGCUGCCUGACAGGAAAGAGCCCGGCAGCUUCCCUCUCAGUCAGCAGCAGCAGCAAGUUCAACCGCAGCAACAAGCAACCAAAACAUCAGCCAACACGAUGGCUGUCAAAGCCACCAACCAGGCCGCCAUGACUGUUCCUCCUCCUGCUGCCUCUGUAGCUCCAUCCGCCGCUUCUUCCUCGGCGCUCCCUCUUUCCCAGCUCCUCCUGUCGCCCUCCGCUGCUCCCGUCAUCCUAGUCCCCACCUCUAAUGUGCCUACCUCCAGCCAGGGCUACUCCAUCGGCUCCAUCGCCCCGAAAGCCAACGUCAACACGCAGACUCUGGUGGUGCAGCCUCUACAGCAAGCUAGCGCUGCCGCUGAUAAAGGCCCUGUGCCAAUCCAGCCCAAGACGGCGCAGGGACACCGCCUACCCGUGCAGGUGACCCCUCGACAGCCGCUCCCUAUUCUCCCGGCACCACCCAGCAAUAGCCAGGCAGCCCACAACCCCCCUCAUAUUCCUGUGCAGCUGGUGGGGGCCAGGCAAUGCAUGGCGGGUAGCGUGCAGGCUGUGGCCUUGGCACAGACCCGGAAUACUGCUUCCUUGGAAAGUCCAGCUGUGGGGAACGUUAAUGUCGCCUCACACAACAGUGCUGCAAUUGUGACAAAGUCCUCCAAUGGUUCGCUGAAGAGGAAGUCUGACUGUGAUGCACCCAAUGAGGUGGCCACCGAAUCUACAGACUCCGCUCAAGUGAAAGACUCGGCUCCUCCACUUUCUCCCGCGCCGACAAAAGACUCCGCUCCUCUUGUCCUUGCGGCAUCUUUCUCGUCACCCCCCACCCUGUCCUUGCCUCUACCCCUGUCGAGGGUCGGCCACGGGGACAAAGAGCGAGCGCCACUUCCCCAGGCGGUGGUGAAACCUCAAGUGCUCACCCACCUCAUCGAGGGCUUCGUCAUCCAGGAGGGAGCUGAGCCUUUCCCUGUCGCUGGCCUCCUCAAAGACCGUGAUUUUGCCCUGGGUGCUCGUGCAGAAACUGGACCUCCCUUGUUGAAAUGUGAGUACUGUUCGAGUCUCGCACCAGCCACCCAGUUCAAAGGAACAAAGAGAUUCUGCUCCAAUACUUGUGCUAAGAGGUACAAUGUGAGCUGCAGCCAACACUACAAGUCCAGCAGAGGGAGAAACGGCGGUGUGGCGCCUGUUCCACCUCCCCUGGAGACCACUACCAGGCGCCGCGGACCCCCACGCCGGGGCAGCUCUGAUAAAGUGUCUGGCCAGCAUCGACCUGUCAAGUGCCACUCUGACUCCAGCCACUCAGAGGAUGUGACCAGCGAUGGCGAAGAGGAUGAAGAGGAGGAUUCUCCCUCCCUUUCUCCGAGUUCCUCCCACUCCAGAGCCGAUCACAACGCUCCCCAGUCGGAAGCCUCGGCCCCCGGGGGUCUCCCCAUGGAGACGGCCAGCUUCUUGUCAGCCACGCCCGCCCAGUGGAGCGUGGAGGAAGUGUGCAGGUUCAUUUCAUCACUUCAAGGUUGCGAGGAGCUGGCGGCCCACUUCCUGUCCCAGGAAAUAGACGGACAGGCUCUGAUGCUCCUACGCGAGGACCAUCUCAUCUCCACCAUGAACAUCAAGUUGGGUCCCGCCCUCAAGAUCUGUGCCUCCAUCAACAGCCUGCGCGAGUGACUAUUGUUUACUCAUUCUUCUUGAAUAGUGUUUGUAUUUUUUAAUGUUUUUACUCGACACUACCAUGUAUGACAGUUUACAUGCUGGACCUUGAAUGUGCAAAAACCUUUUUUUUUUUUUAAAAAACGGUUGUAUAAGUGAUGACAUUGAUAUGUUAAGUAUCCAUAACAACAGGGAGAAAUAGUAUUUGACUUUAUGUAUACAGCAGGUAACGGUUAACUCCAGCGUCUCACAAAUAUUAUUACAACCCUCGCAUUCCAGCCAACAUUUAUCUUGUCCAGGGACAAUAAUAUAGUAGUACUAGAGUAGUUGUUUAAUGGUACACCUCACGGUGAACAUGCUCACUUUCAGUGACUAGUAAAGCUGUACAAGCUCUACACUGCAGUGUUUUUCAACCUUUUUUGAACCACGCCAUGUUUUUUUUUUUUUACAUUGGAAAAAAUCUUGCAGCACACCAAUAACCACCUAGCGUGCAUCACUAAGUCUAUUGGAGGAACGAGGCAAUCACACAAACUAAUAUUACAUUGCUCUGCCAGUCUUUACACCACAGACACUCGACAAUGACAUAUUUGCAGAAAAUUAUUAAAUAAAUGUUAAUUUUUAAAAAAAUAUUGCUGCAGUACACAUGGUUGAAAAUCACUGCUACACUGACUACAUAUACAAUAUAUUCAAGUUACUAGUGUUGUCCCUGGAGAAGUCAUAAAACCGCUUGAAUGUGAUUUUUGGGAUCUGCUUUACAUGAAAAUACACGUUGCCUUCUCGCUGUAUAUAAAAACGGUGCUUUAACUUAUGUCAAAUCUUUACAAGGAUUAGUUCAUAAGUUUCAGAAGUUUUAGUUUUGUAUUCUUUUGUACUUAUAUUUUUUCCAUGUACAACAUUUUAGGAGCUCUAACUGACUUAGCUACCUGAUUAUCUGUGACACAGGGAGGACACUUGUUGCGGUCUUCUUCCACCGGAAGUCACUUUUGUCAAUGCUUCAGACUGAUGAUUAUUUAUUCACAUUGUCUCCUUCAACAUGGAAGCAUAGAUAACAUCAUAUGUUCUGCUACUUGGCUAGGAGGAGGUUGGUAAACAAGGCAGGUAAACCAUCAUCCCACGGCAUCCACUAACAAGCUGAACAGCUUUCAAGUUCACAUCAGUUUCCUCCACUAAACAUGUUUUCAUAGAGAAAAGAGCAAGCUUAAUAAUAAAAGUCUUGAGUAUUGAUACCUUUGUAUGUUUUUCCUUCAUGUACUAACAACAUGUAACAGUCUCCAAAAGACAAAAGUGCACAAGAAAGUGUAUAGACUAUUUGUUUUGGUCAGAAGACGGUGUAGCUGUUUGCUUCCCCGUAUCCCGCCUCCUGCAGAUACUGCUCGAUGUUGACCGGCCCCGACACCUUGAGGACUUUAUCCGAGGCGCUCUUCUCCCCCG